AUGGUGGUGGAAUUGAAGACGCAACUACAAAACUUAAAGGGUCAUACAUAUUGGCAAUGGCUUUUUGGAACAAUAGCAAGUUUGGGCUUUUUGGUCUACGGCCUGGAGGCAGCCUGGUUAUCUCCCACAACAAAGCACCUUCAAUCGGCCGACUCUCCUCUGGGCUACCCCCUUUCUAACAGUGCCAUAUCCUGGAUUGGGAGUAUAAACUGCUUCUCGUCAGCGUUCUUCGUAAUCGCCUUCUCUUACUCGGCUGAUAGAUUCGGAAGGAAAUGGGUAGUGUUUGCUAUCACUAUACCAGUAAUGCUUUCCAUUCUCUUAAGACUGUUUGUGCCAAACAUAAUAGCUUUGUUGAUCGCUCGCGCCCUCGCAGGCAGUGCAGCCAGUGGUGUCUUCGUAAUUAUCCCUAUGUAUAUACGGGAGUUGUCUCAGACUAACUUAGUUGGUGCCACGGGAUCGUUGAACAUAUUGCUCCAAAAUAUGGGCUUUCUCAUAAUGUAUCUGAUAGGAGCAUACUUUGAAUAUUAUACUGUGUUAUGGAUAUACUUGACCAUCACAAUUCUGAUGGCGUGCUUAAUAACGCUUGUCCCGGAUUCACCAGCUUAUCUCGUGAAACGAGGAAGGCUGAAUGAAGCCUUUGCGACAGUUGCCUUCUUGAGAGGUCGCUCAAUAGAUGACAAGGAAGUAAAAACAGAAAUUGAGUCCAUGCAACAGCAGGAAGAGCAAUUUAAAAACCAACCCAAACUUAGUUUGAAAGAAAUAUUCAAAAAUAAAGCAUGGCGCCGUGGUUUCAUUCUCUUAUUGGCAUCAUGGGUAACCCAGACAUGGAAUGGUUCCUUUGCUAUCGUGACCUACGCUUCAAUAGUCCUACAGGCCACAGGCUCCAACCUGAGCAUCAGCCCUGAAAUACAGUCCGUUAGUUUUCCAAUUAUCAUGAUUAUUGCAUCCUUCACGUUGACUGCAAUUGCCGAACGGUGUGGUAGAAAGCCUCUCCACGCUGGUGCAUAUCUUCUAUCAUCAAUCGCUCACACUGGUCUUGGAGUAUCUUUAUUAAUUCAGCAGACCGGAUAUCCCAUUUCCUCCUGGCUUCCUAUACUGUGUAUGAUUCUGGCUGUGGCCACAUAUGCGGGCGGAGUGCGGUCGAUGCCCUAUAUCAUCAGCGUUGAGCUGUUCAACUUUCAGGUACGAGCAAAACUCUUGGGCCUGCUACAUACCUUUGGCUGGUCGUCGGUGUCAACACAGCUCUUCGCGUUCGGUCCACUUGUGGACUCAUUUGGACUACAUUACACGUUCAUCCUUUUUGGAGUUAUCAACCUUCUUGGUGCCUGUAUUGCUAUGUUUAUACCGGAAACAAGGGGGAAAACGGAAGAAGAAGUUAUGGGGAAACUUGAUAAGAAAAGAAAAUGUCCUAGUUAG